AUGUCAGUCUGUGAUGGCUCCCUCCUCACCCUCUCCCUCCGCCCCCUCUCUGAACAAGACUCCCACAGCGACUGGGUCGUCUCCCGGCGGCCUGGCUUCUCUUCUUCCACAUCUUCAGACCCCAACAGCAACAACCCUUCUACGUCCUCCUCAACUUCCUCAGUGGACGAUGCUAUCGGCACAGGGGCAAAGGGGUCCGAUCCAGAGAACCACUUUGGACUCGGUCCUUACACAACCGACUAUUCCAAGAUGACCCUCCGUCAGCUCAAGGGAUUGAUCCAGUCCACCCUCCUCGAUACUUCAGACGACCUCCUCGACGUCGCACGGCCGAUCCGACCCAAGGGCACCCCUGGUACACAGUCUCAGUUUCCAUUGGACGAACUCGAUGGCGAGGAUGGCGAGGACGAUGAGGAGAACGGAGGAAACGGUAUCAACAACCACGACGACGACGACGAAGGAGGGGACGAGGAACUGGACGGUGGGGAGCUUGGGUCACAUUCGUCCCCUGAAUACGAUGGGGAGGAGGAGGAUAACCGAGGAGGCUCACCAUUACCACCAGCAACUCCUGCUUCUGAUCCUGAGGACAAGGCGGUCGAUGAGAGCAUUCCUUCAGAGGAAGACGAGACAGAGCACAACAUUGACAACUCUGAGGCCGAAGAAACUCAACCACAACAAGAUGAGCCUUUGGAUGGAGAGCAGACAUUCUUGGACGAGCCUGCUGUCGAACAGGAGGAACUCGUGCUUGAGAACAAGCCCCUGGAUGGAGAGGGACACACAGUAGCAGCAGAGGAUGACAACAACAAUAACAAGCCUUCGUCCGUGUGGGACAAUACGCUGCAGGAGUUCGACGUCAACAAGUUCCUCACGCCCUCAGACAGUUACCUGGUCUUCAUCCCCUCGGGCGAGACCAUCGAGGCCCAGUUCUUCUCCCUCCUGACCUCACUCUGGAUCGCCAAGCACUCGAACCGGACACUCAUUAUCCCCCCACCUAUGAUGGCCCCUCCCUCCCUCUAUCAUCUCCACCCGCACUUUGCAGGAAACAAAGGACGGAAACGACAGCGCUGGAGCACCCUCUUUGACCUCCGGUUCAUCUCCAACCUGCAGCGGACGGUUCUCAUCGAUAGCACCCGCCCUGUUCUCCAGACACCCUUUACGGCCGAGAUGGCACAGGAAGAAGAGAACCCGACCAACGCUACACAGUCGGUCCCUUACCUUGCACCAGUGACGAACGACGAUGAUGAUGACGCAAUGGUCACCCCUGCAGGGUCGACAGUCCCUGUCAAGAUCAAGUGUCAUGGUCCACCUACAGCGGGAUCAUGGAAGGCGUUGGAUUUUGCGGGCCACCAUUUCCUGAACCGAUAUAAUCUCAUGGCCGAGUUUGAAAUCCUUGGGGACUCGUACUGGAGUUUGAAACCAGAGGCAAUUUCGAGACAUUGGAGAGCCACGACUACGUCAAAGGCGACCAAGGGAGGACUAGGCAGCGAGGAUCGUCAUCGGCAGUUCAUCUGUAUCUCGGGCGCGGAGCUGGUCGGGGCCGAGAACGCGGCGAUCGAGGAGAUGAUCUGGCAGGAGAUUGGGUUGCAGAUUCCGUUCUCGAAUACGGUCAAGAGCCAGGGGCGACAGAGUGUUGCCCAGGUGCUGAGGGCUGUUGAGAGGUCUGAUAAGAACAGUGGAUACAUUGGUGUCCAUAUCGACAAGUUGCCCUCAAAAGAGUUUUGCAGACCUGGUGGACCACGCUAUGGGCCUUCUGAUUCAAUAUCCGGUUCGCCUCAGGGUCGGGAUCAGGGUUCACAACAACAGCAACAUCAAGAGGAGGAGCAGGACGCUGAAGGGGAGAGAAAGGACGAGGUGAACGGGAAUGUGGUCGCAGCAGCUGCAGGAAACCCCGCGAUGACAUCCACCACAUCCACCUCCAUGAUCCCUUCCCAAUGUCUUUGGACCGUCGACCUGAUCGCCAAGCGAAUUGCAAUUCUCCAACAGACAGAAUCCAACGGCGUCGGGACCAGUCGUCCCCCACGACCCGUCAUCGUCACCACCACCGAGACCGACCCGGAACUCUUGUCCAAGAUGGACCAACAAACGGGCUGGUUCCGAGUAGGAGACGAGGAUGGGGGUAAUGGACUGUUUGAUACGACGGUCGAGGAUCUGGGCGGGUAUGGCCCUGCUGCAAUACGGACGUUUGUGAUGUCGAACAGUGCGGUCUUUGUGGGCAAUCGCGCAUCGGCGUUGGCGACGCAUGCAGCUUUCCGGAUCAAGAAUGAGGGGCGGGUUAAGCAGGUUCCUCCUCGGUGGGAGCUUUAUUAA